UUCAGUGGAUUCGUUCAGCUCUGCUUUUGUCCAAAGUGACAAAGCCUAAUUUUUAUCUUAACGUGUGCACAAAACUGUUUCUCAACAUAACUCUCUGAACACUCGUUGCCGGCAAAAUAAAACAAGAUGUAAUGCAACGAUGUGUGUUAACCGACGCUUGUAAGUGUGCUCGACAGCUAUAACCCUCAUAAGACACAGGGGGGAGUACAGCCACCAUGACAAAUAAUGGUGACAGUAAUGACGUAUUUGGGGAAGGAACAAUUGUUUUAGCGAAACCAAUAACAUCUGCUACUUAUAAAUGAAACAGGAAGUAAGCACCUUUGACCAGUGUAUAUAUAUAAUGCAAGUUUGUAUUUCAGCAUGUUUUCUAACCAGACUGACAUCCGCAUUUGAUCAUAAAGGGUACAGAGGCAAAAUAACUUUACAGCCACAAUGGCCUCAGAGGAGGGGUUCAUAUUUUCAGAUAUUGAUUAUGAUUAUGAGAAUUACACCUAUGUGAACACUACUACGAUGGAAGAGGUAGUUUCUCACGUAAACAACUCAUGUUUGAAGGAGGGAUCUUGCGUGAUCCUCCUUGUGGUGGACAUCGUCAUCUUCCUGCUGGGGGUUUGUGGGAAUGGAGUUGUCAUCUGGAUUUCGGGUUUCAAGAUGAAAAGAUCCGUCAACACCACCUGGUACCUGAGCCUGGCCAUCUCCGACUUUAUAUUCUGCGCCUGCCUGCCCUUCACCAUCGUGUACAUGGCCACGUCCGAUUGGCUGUUUGGCCUGGUCAUGUGCAAGUUCGCCUCCUUCAUCAUGUUCCUCAACAUGUUCAGCAGCAUCUUCCUGCUGGUGCUGAUCAGCGUGGACCGCUGCGUGUCCGUGGUCUUCCCCGUCUGGUCGCAGAACCACCGGACCGCCCGGGCGGCGUCGGCGCUGGUGCUGCUCGCCUGGGCCGCCUCGGCCGUUCUGAGUGCGCCCGCGGCUGUCGUCCGCGACCUGAAGGCGCACAACGCGAAGACCAUCUGCUUCGCCAACUACGGGCACAGCCACGGCCACCAGGUCGCAGUCUUCAGUCGGUUCGUCUGCGGGUUUCUGAUCCCCUUCACGGUCAUCACCGUCUGCUACACCGUCAUCUUCCUGAAGCUGACCAGCAACCGGAUGACCAAGUCCUCCAAGCCGUUCAAGGUCAUGUCCGCCCUCAUCGUGACCUUCUUCAUCUGCUGGCUGCCCUACCACACCUUCACCCUGCUGGAGCUGGACCACCACAGCCACAGCCUGGAGGUCCUGAAAACCGGGCUGCAUGCGGGCACCACCCUGGCCUUCGCCAACAGCUUCCUGAAUCCCAUCCUCUACGUGUUCAUGGGCAACGACUUCAAGCAGAAGUUCAAGAACUGCGUCUUUUCGAAAAUCGAGAACGCCAUCGGCGAGGAGGGCCGGACGACCACCCGCUACCUCUCGCGGUCGAGUUCCAUGGACACGAGAGCUUCCACCCACAUCUGAGAUAUUCGCCACUUCCUCUUUUUCUGCGCACUGCGGAUCCCACCGCGCCUGCACGAUGCCACUGACACCACUUCAGAAAGCAAGACCACAGUCUUAAGGCUUUUCACCCUGAGGCAGAAAUGUUAUAUAACAAAUAAUUUCUAACCGAAUCACUGAACUGUUAAAGCACUUUUUUUUGUAAUGGGGGGAAAAAAGAAAAGAAAAGAAUUCACGACGUGACGAAAAGUUGUUUUCGUUCGAAUAUACGUUCUGUGGUACUUUCCACAACGAUGAUAUUUUCAUGUCUGUAAUGCGAGUGUUUACUGUAUAUGCUGUAACAUAUUAAAGAUUUACACAUUCA